GUUUUAAGGAGGUAAAAACAGUCCUUAUCAGCCUCUGCUGGCACGCGCUGGAAUUCUGUCAAAGUGAAACAUUGGGAAAGUGGGCGUGUUUUGGGGAGUUUUGGGGCUUUCCUGUUUUGUAAAGCCAUUUUAUAGAUUUGAUCACAUAUUUCCCAGAUUCAUCUGCCAUUAUCAAGAGCCAUGACCGAGGAGCCGGGGACUGGAGCUGCUCCGACAGCAGACUACAGCGAUUACUAUGACAUCUAUGAGAGUGAGAUUGGAGCACUAUGCGGUGAUGUGAACACACAGGCCUUCAGCAAGGUGCUCGUUCCCAUCCUGUACAGCACAGUUCUGAUCGUUGGUUUGCUGGGAAACGCUGUGGUCCUGUGUGUCCUGAUCAGAUCCCGUCACAGAUGCAGUCUGACAGACGUGUGUUUGCUCAAUCUGGCCGUCUCUGACCUGCUCUUUCUCGCCUCGCUCCCUGUUUGGACUCACAGUGCCGUGGACGAGUGGGUUCUGGGGACAUUCGUGUGUCACACCGUAACCGGUCUCUUCACGACGGGUCUCUACAGCAGCGUCUUCUUCAUGGUCCUCGUGACACUGGAUCGCUACGUCAUCGUCGUCUACAAACACAGCAUCUGUUCCAGAAAACGGCCUGCAAAAGUAGCUCUGGUCUUAUUUGUAUGGAUGCUCAGCCUGUUUGCGUCCCUCCCUAAUAUUGUUUUUGCCGAAGUGAAAGAGGAGACCAGCCUUAAAGCAUCCUGCAGACCUGAUUUUCCUGAAGGUGCAGCCUGGAUGUCGUUUACGUAUCUAAACGUCCUGAGCUUGAUUCUGCCUCUGAUCAUCAUGAGCUUCUGCUUUUGCCGGAUCCUCCGUAAAUCAGAAGGAAAGCAGAGCGUGGUCAGACUCCUCCUGGCUGUGCUGGCCGUUUAUUUCUUCUUCUGGACUCCAUACAACAUCGUCACGUUCCUCGAGUUCCUGCAGACGAAGGGACACCUGCUUUCUUGCGAGUGGCAUACUGGUCUGACUCUUGCCAAGCAGUGUGUGGAAGCGAUCGCAUUAAGCCACUGCUGCCUGAAUCCCAUCAUCUACGCCUGUGCUGGACAGAAGUUCAGAAGAGUCCUGAAGGAGCAGCUUCCAUCGUGCUUCAGCCGACACACAACCUGCUCUCCACCUGAGAGCGGCUCUUCUGAAUACUCCUCCACACUGAUCGCUUAGAGACGACACCUUCCUCCAGAGACACGAUUAGAUUCUGACCGGCCCUGCGUUCCCUGUUUAAAACAUAUACUGACUUCAGUUGUCUUCCAUGUUGUGGGUGACGCAUUACAAUUAACACAAGUGAAUUAUAAUGUCAACUUGCUUUUA